AUGGCUGCUGCAGAAGACAAAAGGAUCGACGAAGGUCUCAGAGCGCCCUCUGGUGGAGUCAAGAAGAAAGCGCCAACAUUUAAGGGGCCCUCUGAUACGGGCAGCGCUCACGCGGAGCAGAUGGUCCCACGUCCCCCCGGUGGAAGUGCCAGGGUCGUUUUAAUCCACAACUUCCUCCUCGGCUGCCUGGCUCCUACUCAAUUAUACCUCGUGACGCCCCCGCCCCCCCGCCCCUCCCCCCACCUCCUCGCCGAGUCUCUGCAGUCUCACUGCAGCCAAAGUGAAGCCAAUCACGGUGUCUUUAACCGGAAGUGCGAGCCGGACAGCUGUGAUUCAGCAACUUUACUGCAGCUUCUGCCCGCCAGCUGUCAGCAGAGGGCCCCGUCGUGGCGCUCCGGGCCAGCCAAUUACUGUCCAGGCGCCGCCAGGACUUGCUCAGACAACCGGCGCCUCCCGGAGGGAUCUACCAGCACCCACCCGGGUGACGGACGGGCCAGUCGGGGUCAAGCGCCGGGGUCGCUCUGCGCCGUCUUCCCCUUAAUGGAUCUGACAAACAGGAACGGGGCGCGGUCGGAAAAGGAAACGCGAGGUGCAGAAACACAAAAGAAGAAUCCCUGUGGGAUGCAGAAACUGAUGUUUAUUGGGAUAAGUUAGUGGGUCCAUGCCGAUGACUUCUGUUUUGUUUGAUCAGCCGUUUUACUGCCAACACUGUUUGACAACAGUUAAGUUUCACAAAUUCCUCAGUAAAUUCACCAAAACGUCACAGCAGCUAGGGGGUCCACGCCGAUGACUUAUGUUUUGUUUGAUCAGCCGUUUUACUGCCUUGUUACAGACACAGUUUGACAACAAUUAAGGUAUGUAAAUAAACAUUUAUAAAAUAUUUCUGUGUAAAUAACUCAUUUCACAACGCAUACAGUACAUCUGCGGCUUAUAGUCCGGUGCGGCUAAUAUAUGGGGGAAAAAUCUACAAUUUAGUGGGUGUGGCUUAUCGUCUGUAUAGUCUGUUAAAUAUCUGUUUGGGCAUCCCUGGUCUAUACAGU